AUGUUUCUUGCUUUGCUACAGGUCUUCAUUUUUGUUUUAGGCGUCAUCCUCUGGCGCCUGUCCGUUCGAUGGAAGGCCCCGCACGAUCUACCUCCUGGCCCAAAGCCUUUGCCUCUCGUUGGCAACAUUUUUGAUCUCCCUCCCCCAGGUGUGCCGGAGUAUCAGCACUGGAUCAAGUUCAAGGACACCUACGGACCCCUCAGCUCUGUCACGGUACUCGGAACAAACAUGAUCCUGGUCCAUUCCCACGACGUAUUGCAGGAUCUUAUGGUGAAGAGGUCAACAAAGACGUCUUCACGGCCGAAGCAACACUUUGCCGGGGAGCUAUGUGGCUUCGACGUACUUACACCAAGUCUUCCCUACAACGCGACUCACCGACUUCACCGCAAGUUCAUGCACCAGCAGAUGGGCACCAGACUCAUCUGCGAGAGAUUCUGGCAUGUUCAAGAUGUCGAGUCACGACGCUUCCUACUUCGAGUUCUGGACGACCCUUCCAACAUCAUCAGUCAUAUCAAGACUGAGGCGAGUGCCAUCAUUCUGAGAAUCACGUAUGGCUACUCCAUUGAACCUCACAAGGUUGACCCUCUGGUCACACUGAUUGAACACAUGAUGGGCAACUUUUCCGAUGCUCUGGUCCCCUUGACCUGGUCGGUCGAUCUUUUUCCAUUUCUCAAGCACCUCCCCACCGGCUUCCCUGGCGCCUCUUUCAAGAAGAUUGCACAAGAGUGGAGGGAAAGGGUCCGCAUGGCCGCAGAUAUUCCCUACUCUUUUGUGUUGCGGCAGAUGGCGAAUGGGAAUCCUACAUCUUCGUAUGUGUCUUCACUUGUCACCGAAUACAGCAAGAACCCCGAGAACAACUGGAAGCCUACCGAGAGCGAGGUGGAGAUGAUCAAGAACAGUGCUGCCAUCAUCUACGGAGGAGGUGCUGAUACAACCGUUUCCACCCUAAGCAGCCUUGUACUCGCCAUGCUUCUGUUCCCUGAUGUUCAACAAAAGGCCCAGGAGGAACUUGACCGUGUUGUUGGUUCUGACAGGUUGCCUGAAUUCGAGGACAGGGAAAACCUACCAUAUGUCAACGCCUUAAUCAAGGAGACACUUCGAUGGCUUCCCGUUGUUCCGGUGGGCACGACUCAUGUUACAGAGGAAGAGAUGUUCCACUCUGGCUGCCGGAUUCCGAAGGGCAGCUUCCUUCUACCAUCAAUCUGGUGGUUCUUGCACGACCCAGCUGUUUACCCCAAGCCUGAGGCCUUUGAUCCCGAGCGAUUCUUGGAGCCACGAAACGAACCAGACCCGGCAAACCAUGCCUUUGGCUACGGCCGCAGGAUCUGCCCUGGAAGAUACCUCGCAGACGACAACCUUUUCCUCACAAUCUCUCGACUGCUGGCUACUUUCGAAAUCAGCAAAGCGUUGGACGAGAAGGGCCGUGAAAUCGAUGUUGAGGUAGAGGUGACAGCCGGCCUAAUUAGCCAUCCAAAGACCUUUCCUUAUGGUAUCAAGCCUAGGAGUCCCCGUCACGUCGAAAUCAUACGGUCUACUGAGAGCAAACAUCCGUGGGAAGAGCCCGACGUCCGUCAUCUCGAGCAAGGCUAUCUGCAAUAUCUGAACAUUAACUAG